AUGAAAAGUGGAAAUACUAUUAGUCUUUCAGUUGAGAUCGGCCUCCGUUUCAUCGGCAUGUGGCCGGAUUCGGCUUAUCCGAAUCUUUAUUGGUUUAGUUAUAUGACAACAGUAGCAAUAGUGCAAUAUUAUCAAUAUACGUACAUAUUUGUACACUUUGACUUGAACGAUCUUUGGCUUCUCAUGGACUGUCUUAGUCUUACUCUAGGAUACAGUCUCGCCUUUCUCAAGCUCCUUGUUCUAUGGUGGAAUCGUCGGAUAUUUUAUUAUAUUGUGAAGGCGAUAGAUGAAGAUUGGAGUGAGUGUGUUAUUAAUGAUUCGUAUAAAUCCACGAUGGUGAGCAUGGCAGAUCUGUCGCGCCGUUUUGCUAAUGUAUCGUUCAGUAUUUAUGCCUUCUCUGCUUUCUUUCUGUCAAUUGGCGAGCAUUUGCUUCAGUCGAUGAAUGAUCAGUUCGGCAAUAGUUCUCGAGAACUUCCUAUAAAAAUGGAAUUUCCUUUCGACGUUAGCAAAUCACCAAUUUUUGAAUGUUUCUUAAUUGGACAAUUUCUUUAUGAUUUGUUGAUAGCUUCUGUGGUUAAUUUGAUAAACGCAUUACUUGUUGCAUUGGUAAGGUUAUAUCAAUAUUUUCAAUAUUCAUAUAUUGUUACGCAUUUUGACACUAGCAAUCUUUCAAUUUUAACGGAUUGUCUGGGUCUCGCCCUGGCGAAUACGUCCGCCUUUCUUAAAUUAUUUUUUUUGCGAUGGAACCGGAGGACAUUCUAUAAUAUCGUGGCAGCAGUGAAUAGAGACUGGAAUGAUCGCGUUGUCAGCGAUUCUUAUUCCACCAUGAUGACAAUCGCGGAUCAGUCAAAUCGUUAUUCUAUCGUGCUAAUCGGCCUCCACUUUCUGACUGGCUUUUCCUUAUCCAUCGGUACUUACAUGUUUCGCACGAUAAAUGCUGACAACGAAGCUUCAACACGAGAAUUCCCAGUAAAAAUGCAAUUCUCUUUUGUGGUCUCAGAAUCACCGGUUUUUGAAUGCAUUCUUUUUGGGCAAAUUUUUUUUCUAAUGUUGAUAGCCCCUGUAGUUGGUAUGAUAAAUGCGUUACUUGCUACAUUGAUACUUCAUGUAGGUGGUCAGGUUGACAUCAUGCGGCAAGCCAUAAUGAACGUACAUAGCAACGACAAACUUGGUUACGCUUUUCAGAGUAAAUCAAUUAGCGAUGCAAUAUAUGAGUCACUUUGGUACAACAUGAUACCGUCCGAUAGUCGGAUUUUGUUGUUAAUAAUGGUGAGAUCCCAAAAGCGACUGACAAUCACUGCAGGGAAAAUUUUUGAUCUGACUUUAGAAGGAUUUAUGAGCCAUCUCGAUUUCAACAAUCUGACUAAGCUAAUGGACGGUUUGGGCCUCACUUUGGAUUACACCCUGACAAUAUUGAAGUUGAUCAGCUUCUGGUUUAAUCGUCGGAUAUUCGCGGAUAUUUUGAUUGCGAUGGAUGACGAUUGGAAGGAUAGCGAGACUAAUUUGCGUGAAUGCGUGAUGAUGGACAAGGCUAAUUUGGCGCACCGUUGUUCCAAUGCCAUGAUAUCUGUUAACGCUCUUGCCACUUUUCUAUAUUUUAUCGAGAGCCACGUACGUGGAUACACACGUUCUAAGAACGGACAGCUUCGCAGGUUUCCGAUACAGGUACAAUUUCCGUUCGAGGUUUAUAAAACGCCCAUUUACGAGCUCGUCGGCGUGGGACUGUUUUUCCAUGUGUUAGAAACGGCGAUCAUAAUAGCUAUGUUAAAUGCUUUGAUUUUAACGUUGUCUUUAGAUAUGAACAUGACGAGUAAAUUCGGAAUAUUGGUACAAUUUAUUAUUCCAUAUUUUGCAGUGACAAUAGAAGCUUUUGUUUUUUGUUUCGCCGGCGAGUAUUUAAGCACUAAGAGCAAGGCUAUUGGCGAUGCAGCGUAUGAGACGGUUUGGUAUGAAUUAUCUACUAGCGAAUGUCGAAUUUUGUUAUUUGUGAUUCUCCGAUCUCAAAAACGAUUGACAAUUACUGCUGGAAAAGUCAUGGACCUGACAUUGGAAGGUUUUACUAAUGUUAUGAAAGCUUCAGCUUCGUAUAUUUCAGUUUUAUAUGCAAUGUAUUGA